UUCCCUCGCCUCCCUCUUUCCUUCCUUCCUUCCCCGCCGGCGCUGGAACCUGAGCUCGGGCCGCCGCGGCUGAGGAUUUUCAGAUAAGACUGUAAGGAAAUGAAGUGGCAGUUUAGCUGAGAUGCCUGCAGUCCUUGGAAGAAAAACCAUUUCCUUCUCCACAUGCAUUUGCUGGGAUGUUAUACCUGCUUAACGAUUCUCUGAAGAAUCAGUUCACCCCAACUGAUCAGGAUAAAGGCUCCUUAAUGAUGGCGGCGCAAGAUAUGAGCAUGCAUAUGGAGGAAGUUGUCGUAGUAACAACUCCAGAUAAUGUGGUUGAUGGCAGUGGUGUGGAGGAAGUGAAGACUGUCCUAGUUACCACCAAUCUGUCCCAGCAUGGCAGUGACCUCAACGAAGACACCCUGGAGACCGAGAAUGCAGCUGCUGCAGCUGCCGCAGCUUUCACCGCCUCUGCCCACCUGAAGGAAGCCCUUUUAGUGAAGAUGGCAGAAGGAGAGGAGUGCCUGGAAGCUGAGGUGGCUUAUCCCAUCACCUGCGGUGACAGCAAAGCGAAUCUCAUAUGGCGGAAGUUUGUUUGCCCGGGCAUCAAUGUGAAGUGCGUGCAGUAUGACAAUCAUUUGAUAAGUCCUAAGGAAUUUGUGCAUUUGGCUGGCAAGUCCACCCUGAAGGACUGGAAGAGGGCAAUCCGGAUGAACGGGAUCAUGCUAAGGAAAAUCAUGGAUUCAGGCAAGCUGGAUUUCUACGAGCACACAAAAGUUUGCUCGAAUACGUGCCGCAGCACUAAAAUCGAUCUGACCGGAGCCAGAGUCUCUCUCAGCAGCCAGACUUCAGCAGAGUAUACGCCUCUCACUCCAGCCUCUGCAGACGUCAACGGAUCUCCUGCCACCAUCACCAUAGAAACCUGCGAGGAUACCACUGAGUGGACCACGGCUAUUGGAGAUGACGCCUUCACCUUCUGGCGAGGCCUGAGAGACGCCGGGUUGCUGGAGGAAGUGGUUCAGGAAUUCAGUGUGGAAUUCAUGGAAGCCAUGAAGGGCCUGCAGCAAAGGAUCCAGGAACUCCCUUUACAGCUGAACGAUGCCAUCCUGCUGAACAACACAGUCCAGAAUUUUGGCAUGCUGGACCUGGUGAAGAAAGUUUUGGCCAGCCACAAGUGCCAAAUGGACCGUUCCAGGAAGCAGUACACACGAGACUUAGCAGCUCUGGAGCAGCAGUGUGACGAGCACCGCAAGAGAGCCAAGGAGCUGAAGCACAAAUCCCAGCACCUCAACAACGUGCUUAUGACCUUGACGCCCGUCUCCAUCCCUUCUCCUCUGAAACGGCCAAGGCUGACCCGGGCCACCUCAGGACCCCCGGCCAUCACCUCCCAAGUCCUGACUCAGUCGGCUCAGAUCGCCCUGGCGCCAGGCGUGCCGAUCACUCAGCUGGCCGGUCUGCCCAUCGGCAAAGUGCUCUCUGCCCUCCCGGCAUCUGCUCUGGGAAAGGCCACCGCUCAGGUGACGUCGGCUGGCUCGCCGGCCUCCCCGCUGCUGGGCGGAUACACCAUCUUGGCGUCGGCGGGUUCCGCCUUCCCCAACGCGGUGGAAAUCCAUCCCGAAACCUCCAACCUCACCGUCUUGAGCACCGCGGCCAUCCAGGACAGCAGUACGGUAGUCAAAGUGAUGAGCCCUUUCCAGCUGCUCACCCUGCCAGGGCUCGGCACGGCCAUCCAGAACGUGACGCAGAUGUCUCCCGGGGGCAGCACCAUCCUGGCUUUGCCGUCCAGUGUGAUGGAAGGUGCUUCGGCCACAGAAGAGCACACGACCAUUGAGGUAACCACCGUAGCGGAUGAGCCUCAGCAGAAAUGAAACGCGGACGUUGGUCCAUUUUGGGGGGAGUGCUCCGGGUUUACGUGCCCAUCCCUCGGAUGAGAAGACGGAGACGAAGAAGAAGAGGGUGCUGGGGAAAAAAAGAGAGGAAAACGGAUCGGCUGACGGCGGAAUAGGGAGGUUGAAAUCUUAAAAGGGAAGAAAGACGAAGAGAGAAGACGAAAUGAAGGGAGAACAUCACUGAAGGGGCAGGGAUCCAUUAAAAGCUAUAAUCUUUGCACCCCCCAGCUUGUAAGUACUCCCCCAUCUCUAGCCAGCUCUGGGGAACUGAGGCAGCCGAGACAGGUUUCGAAGAAUGCAACAAUUAACCAAAACCCGGCAGGCCAAAGGAUUAGGCAGUGAGACAACGUUAUUUUAAAUAUUUCCGGGCUGGCAGAAGUGGGGGGUCCCAACAUAGGCAGUUGCCUGCAUGUUGGCUUAGGGAGGUGACAGACUGUUUCUCUGCCAGAAGGGAGGAGGAAGAGGAGAGGGAGGGAGGGAGGGAGGGAAUCUGGCAUAUGGACAUGGGUGAAAUGGAGAAGGAGGCUUGGAAGGGAGGCAGGAGGACUUUGGUGGUGGGCAGAUCCAUUCCCAAUUUAAUAACAUCAAUUCGCCCGAGCUGCCUGCGUGCAUCUCCGCCUCUGAGGAGGAAGGUCUGGCUAAAACGCCUAAAGGUGGACCACCUAAAGGAUUCCCACCACCACCACCACCAGCGGGUCUGUCCUCCACAGCUACCGAGCCUUAUCCUCCCCACCCCCGGUACAUCAGCACUUUAGGCUGCAAAAAGGGGGCUUUAUUUUGCCAAAAACAAGGGUGAAAAAUGGAAGCUCCUGCUUGUUCCAGCUGACUUGAGGGACUUGAUGCUUGAGGAUGUGAGAAGAAGAAGCCCUUGGGAGAAGAAUCAUCGUGUCGGAAGCUACGAGGGCUCGGAUUCUCGCAGUGUGAGUUUGGGCCUAUCAGAAACGGCGGAAUCAAGUCUCUUGGGUAACAUUAAAAUUUGUUUUUCAAGCUU